AUGACUUUUACAAAUGAAGAAGAGGCGUAUCAGGCCUAUAAUGCAUAUGCCUUCAGCAAGGGAUUCGAAAUUCGUAAAGGUAAGAAAUUUUAUAAUCGUAAAAACGAGCUUCGAGGAUGCACGUUUUUGUGCUGUUGUGAGGGAUACUCAGAAUUUGCCCCCUCCGAUGAUAGAAAAACUGAAAGGUCACUAAAAAGAUGUGGGUGUGUGGCUCGUAUUAGAUUUCAUAUAGAAGGAGGUGUUUGGGAAGUGGUCGAAUUCAAUGAUUUUCAUAAUCAUCCUUUUGUUGAGGAUAAUCAAAAGCACUUGAUUAGAUCGUGUCGAAAGAUUACAGAAACGAAGGGAUGCAUUCUUAACACCAUGGUAGAAUCUGGGAUUAAAGCCAUAAAAGCUUAUUCUUACCUAACAAAUGAAGCGGGGGGAGCACAAAAUGUUGUUUUUACUCUUCAGGAUGCUAGAAAUUUUUUACAGUCAAAGAGGAUGAACUUAAUAAGUGCAGGAGAUUGUCAAAGCCUUUUGAAGCAUUUACAGUCUUUACAAGCUUCCGAAAGUAAUCUAUUCUACUCGUUCCAAGUAGAUGACCAAAAUAGAAUGACUAAUUUUUUCUGGUGCGAUGGUGCUUCACGAAUAGAUUAUGAUUGUUUUGGUGAUGUUGUUGUAUUUGAUACGACGUAUCGUACAAACAAGUACAACAUGGUGUGUGCGCCUUUUGUGGGGGUUAAUAAUCAUUGGAAGAAUGUUUUAUUUGGUUGUGCUUUUAUGCUAGAUGAGACAAUAACCUCAUUUAUUUGGGUUUUUGAGACGUUCAUGGAGGCAAUGGGAGGCAAGGCACCUAAAACAAUUUUCACUGAUCAAGAUAGUGCAAUGGCCAAUGCUAUUGGCAAGGUUUUCCCAAAUAGUGUUCAUCGGUUAUGUGUUUGGCAUAUCUCUAAAAAUGCCACCCAACAUAUUUCGCAUCUUCUUUCGGAUUCUCGAUUUAAGGCAAAAUUCAAUAAAAUUAUGUAUGAAGUUGAAAUGGAGAAUGAGAUGGAGCAGCUUUGGAGAGAUCUAUGUGAAGAAUGGAAUGUUGGGGAAAAUAAGUGGUUGUGUAAUUUGUACUCGUUGCGUCAUAAAUGGUGCCCCGCAUUUAACCGUGCUAGUUUUUCGGCCGGCAUAAGAUCUACACAAAGAAGUGAAAGCACGAAUAAUGUUUUCAAACAUUUGUCUUGUAAGACAAUGACAUUAACCGAGUUUGUUAAUCACUAUGAGAAGCAAGCAGAAAAGAUGCGUGAUAAUCAAGUGGCCGAUGAUUUCGAAUGUACUCGAGGGGUGCCAAGAGUCAGUGUGGAUUGUGGUAUUUUGAGGUUAUUUGAUUUAUUGGGGUGGUUAUGUUUCCAUGCAUUGACGGUUAUGAAUAAUCAUUUGAAUAUGACUACUAUUCCUAUGCAAUACAUACUAAAGAGGUGGACGAAAAGUGCAAGACGAGAAUUUCUUCAUGAUGACGGUGGUUCAUGCUCCUUCGAUUUGACAAUGUCAAAAACUUAUCAUCUAAAGGAGUUGAUGCGUCAAUCUUUUGACGUCAUGAGCUUAAGUGUAAAUGACGUUGAAACCGUUAAAAUUGCAAAAAGGAAACUCCAUGAGCUUGAUGUUGAGAUUAGAAACUAUGCCUCCUCGGUUUCUAAGAGCGAAAACCACACCAUGAGAAAUCAGGAUAAUGAUGUCCCUCAACAUGCUUCAACUCAGAUUCUUGAUCCUCUUAGAAGAAAGUCAAAGGGGAUGACAAAUACUCGACUGAAAAGUGCUAUAGAGAAGCGAAAGAAGGGAAAUUCUUCGAAAGGAAAAAAACAUUUGCCGCCAUUUCAUGGCAUGACUCCCAUAGAGCAAACGCCAAUGUUGAAUACGGAUUUUCACGUGAAUCCAAGCCACCAAACCAUGGGUCUGUCAUCUAAUAUGAUGUCGAUUCAGCAUGCUAAUGCACAACCUUUCUCAUAUACUUCAUUAUUGACUCAGGGUUACCAAGGUGUUCCAAGUGUACCUCAAAUCAUGUUUCCGAGUGACUGUCCCCCUUGA